AUAAGACCAUCUCGCCAUCCUACUCUUUGCAUCGCCCCAGUCAAGUCUUGCUGACCUCCUAGAAGACAGCCAGAGCUACCCACACUCUGCAUUCGUCGUCAGCCUCUUUCACUCUGCGCUGCAGAGCUCCCUGACCCCGCUCGACCUUUGGCUCCGGAUCUUCUGCCGUCAUCGCCCAUCUGGUCUUUGCACGACCCGAGCUCAAGAUGGCGGCAAGCGUAGCUGGGCAAGCCUCUUCGGAGGCAGCAAGCCAGUCCGCGUCUCUGCAGCCCGUCAUGCAAGCGCUCGAGACUCUGUAUCGGAAUCCUGACAAGGCAGCCAAGGACCAAGCCAAUGCCUGGUUGCAGGACUUCCAGAAGACGCCCGAGGCAUGGCAGACAGCCAAUUCCCUCCUCCUGGCUCAGGAUUUGCCGCUAGAGCCGCGCUUGUUUGCUGCUCAGACGUUCAGGACAAAGACGACAUUCGACCUUGAACAAGUCCCAUCUUCCUCACGAGGUUCACUAAGAGACACCCUCGUCACAGCAUUAGCAGCCUACGCAUCAGGUCCUCGUGUGAUACAGACGCAGAUCUGCCUUACACUUGCUGGGCUGGCAAUACAGCUUACUGAUGAGGAGUGGCCAGACGUAGUGAAGGGCAUGACAUCGAAAUUUGGAAAUGAUGCUAGCACAGUGGGAGUUUUGCUCGAAUUCCUAACAGUGCUGCCAGAGGAGGUGACUGGGAAUCACCGGAUACCGGUCGAGACAGAGCACUUUAACCUGCGAGUGCGCUCGCUACUGGGCUCGAAUGCGGAUGAGAUCCUGCGGCUGCUGACGAUGUAUCUUCAAGCACCAGGCAUCACAUCGCAAAUACAGUCCUCCAUCUUUCAAUGCCUGAGAAGCUGGCUCAAGGCUGGCGAGAUCGCUACAACAUCUCUUCUUGACACCCCGCUCUUCCAAUUCUCCUUUGACGCCCUUGCGUCUGACGACCUCUUCGACGUUGCGACCGACGUCAUCUGUGAUCUCAUUCAUGAGACGCAAGAGGUGGAAGAAAAUAUGAAUGCGAUUCCCCAGAUAGUCCGCCGGCUCAUGCCUCUCAGGGAGGAGCUGGCAAGGGCGGGAGAUGACGAAGACAAGGUGCGGGGAAUCUGUCGAAUCUUCGCUCAAGCGGGCGAGACGUAUCACACUCUCAUUCUUCGGCAUCAAGAGGACUUCUUCCCCAUCGUCCAGACCCUCAUCGAAUGUGCAGCGUACCACGAUCUGGAUAUUGUUUCCAUCACAUUCCGCUUUUGGUAUCUUUUGGGAUCGGCUCUCGGCAAGCGCAAGGAGGAUCCGAGUCUGAUGCCCUUCCUGCAAGUAUACGCUCGGCUCCUGGACAUCAUCGUUGGCCACUUGCGCUUCCCAGACGACGAGGCAACGCAGACGGCCGCUGAGAAGGACGAGUUCCGAUCGUUCAGGCACUUCAUGGGAGAUACACUGAAAGACUGCUGCUACGUUCUGGGGUCGAAGGAUUGCCUCAAUCGGUCCCUGCAGAUGAUUCGGGACAUUCUGGCAGCGUCUCAGACCUCCGGCAGCGAACCGAGGUGGCAGGAUGUAGAAGCCCCGCUCUUCUCGAUGAGGGCGAUGGGCACAGAGGUCUCCCCAACCGGGGAGAACGAUGUCAUCGGUAGCAUCAUCGACAUCAUUCCCGAGCUACCUGCUCAUCCUCGGAUGAGGUACGCGGGGCUUCUCGUCAUCUCGCGGUAUACGGAAUGGAUUGAUCACCACCCUGAUCGGAUACCUGGUCUGCUCAGCUACAUCAGUGCCGGUCUUGAGAGCGAAGGCGAUGUUGCAGCGGCAGCAGGGCAGGCGAUGAGCUAUCUUUGCCAAGAUUGCAGGCGGCACCUCGUCCCUUAUUUGCCUCAACUGUAUGCCUUCCUCGGCUCAGUUGGAGAUCGCUUAGAACCUGACGAUCUCAUCACCAUGGGAGAAGGUGUUGGUCACAUUGUGUCCACCCUCUCUCCUCAAGAUGCCCUCCCUGCAAUGAUGCAAUUCUCACAACCAGCAUUGGAGCUCAUCGCCUCAGUCUCGGCAGAUGCUUCCUCAUCCCGCCUGGAUCUGAAGCGUGCUAACAUCCGCAUUGACAUGCUAGAGCGCUUCUUGGAAACGAUUGGACCUCGCUUCCAGGAAGCUUUGCCGGCCGAUUGUGCCACGAAGACGGUAGGAGAUGCUUAUGCAGUCAUUGAUGGCCUCUUGGCCAAGCAUGGCUCAGCGUUCUGGAUCCAUCAAUCCUCGGUGAACCUGUUCCGCAGGUCGAUGACCUUCUUCGGCCCUCACGCGCGUGGCAUCCUGCCCGCUCUGCUCGACCGAAUGUCCAGCCUCUUCCAAGCAACAGGCUUCUCGGGCUAUCUCUGGAUGAUGGGUCGCAUUGUAGAGGCCUACGGUGCGACAGCAGACGAUGCUCUGAAAGCCUCUUUUCAGAGCAACUACGAGAAGGUUUCCUCAAAGGUAAUGCAAGUGAUGGAGAACACCAUGCCUAGGGAGGUUCCAGACAUCAUCGAAGAUUACGUCGAGGUCUCAGCCUGCAUCCUGGCCGAGCUGCCUUCGCUGCUCAUCCUCAGUCCGAUCUUCCCACACGCCUUCCGCGCAGCGGUCACGGCCCUUACGCUCGUGCAGCCCUCAAUCAUCCAUCGAGCUCUGGACUUUAUCAGAGCCAUUGUGGGACACGAUGCUCUAGCCGUUGCUCCCACUGCCUCUCAACCCGGCACUCCCCUCUCGCUAGGUGUGAAUGGUGGCUCCAACGGUUACACAGAUCCCUCCUCACCAGCAUACGCAGCUGCGAUCCGCAAUGUCCUCUCCUCGCAGGGAGACCACCUUCUAGCUCUCCUCCUCGAAGGUCUCGUGACAACUUUCCCUCCCGAGCAAAUCCAACUCGUGAGCACAAUCUUCCGCGUCCUCGUCUCUGGCUUCCCACGAGAAUGUCUCUCCUGGAUCGGUCCCGCCGUGGAAGCACUGCCGAGUGGUGCGGUAGGGCAUGCAGACAAGGUGAAGUUCUUGGAGAGGUUUGGACAGAGUGUUGAGAGGGGAGAUCUACCGGGGGUCAAGUCGGCAUUGACAGAGGGACUCUAUAGGGCUUCGAGGAAGAGUAGGGAGAGGAGUAGAAUGGGAGAUGGAGGUGGGGUGCCCAUGGGGGGAGGAGAUCCGGAGGCGGUAGGAGGGUAUGUUGAUCGGUGAGGGGCUCAGAGCGGAGGAAGAACGGAGCGGUAGGGAGGGAGGGAGGGAGGGAAUGGAGAAAGUCAUCUGUCAUUGGAUUCACUUAUGUGAGCAAGAGAGAGGGAGGGGGGGGAGAAGGAACCUAUUUAUGCAAUCAUUGUAUGUGAUCAAGCGGACAUCCACAUCCAGAUCCACGGGCAGGGCAGAGUAGAGGCACAAUCAAUCUGCAUCUCUUCGCC